CGCCCUCACUACUCUCCGCCCCGGAUCGGACUUGCGACUCGGCCCCGACAGCACGCGUCGGCGCUCAGCGAUUUCAGGCAUGCUCUUAACCCGGGGCGCGCUGCCCCGCCUGGCCGGGGCCGCGUUCGCCGAGUCAAGCAAGCAGGCCGAGCGGCGUGCUGCGCUCCCGCGCCGCCCCCCGCCGCGGACGCGUUCCCUCUCGUCCAGCGCGGUCCGCUCCGCCGCCACGGCGUUUGCCCGCCCGCACGACGACCCGGACGCUCCGCGUCGGAGUUUUGGCAUCGCUCAGCGCCGCUCGCCCGCGACCCCGGCGCAAGCGCCCGCACCCGAGCUGGAGCCAGAACCCGAACUCGAACCAGAACAAGCAUCAGAACUAGCAUCAGCAUUUGACCCAGAACCCGAACCAGCAUCAGCACCAGCACGAGGUGGGGCGUCGGCGCCACAAUCCACAGCCGUCUCUCCCGAAAGAGCCCGACGGCGGACCGACCCCGGCGUGGCACGGCCGGCGGAAGCCUACGCCGGGAGUCCGCCGCCGCCGUACGACGGCAACGAGCUGCGGCCCGUCGAGCGCUUCCGGCGGCGCGUAGCGUACGACCCCCUUGGCGCAAUGCUCUGGCUGCGCGAAUGGACGCAGCACGACCUUUUCACCAUCACGACCAAAGACCUGCGUGUCAUGAUCUACAACCUCGUCAACCAGGUGCCCCCGUCGCCGCAGCUGCGCGCGUCGCUCGAUCCGAACAAGGCGAACGAUGCGCUGCGCAUCGUCCGCGCGCUCCUCUUCGCCGAGCCGAGCCGCGCGCACGCCCACGCGCACACGCGCCCCGAGGCCCAGUUCAUGGGGUACAACCUCAGGGGGCGGACGCUGCGCGGCCUCUUCCAGAUCGCCAUCAUGUUCGGCGCGCAGGAGUUCAUCGCCGAGCUCUUUGCCGAGCGCACGAGCGAGUACAUCCGCACAGGGCGCGAGCUGCUCAACUCGGAAUGGCUGGCGAUGGACCUCGCGGCCGCGGGAGAAUGGCAGCUCGCCGCCGACCUCUUCCCCGGCCCCGACGCCAACCACCCGACGGACAAGUACAUGCCCCAGGUCGGCGGCCUCCCGGUGUCGCUGUACACGCCGCGGGUCGUUGCGAUCCUCAUGACGGCCAACUUGGUCCUCCAACAGCCUUGGCGCGCAGUGCAGCUGUUCAGCCUGCUGGCUCCCGGCGAGGCGAACGAGGAGGCACUGUGCGGGCUGAUCAAGGCGCAUCUACAGCUGGGCGACGUCGCGGCCGCCAAGCGUGCUGUGCGAGCCGCCAACGCGGCCGGCGUUGACGCCGACAGUGUCCAGCUCGCUCUGUUGCGCGGGCACCGUAUGCUCGGCUUUGAUCCGCAACUCGCAGAGCGGGUGCGGCAGGACUUGAACCGCCUCGGCCUCGCGCCGCGGGUCAAGCUCGCCAACGCCCUCGGGCUGUUGUGUCUCGACUCGGGCGACCUUGCCACUGCCGAGAGCCUGAUCACGGAGAUUUUUGACCUGGAUCGUGCCGGCCAACUGGAAGAGCAGCGGGGGGCGUUGGACGACACAGCCCUGAUCGCGCUCUCCGUCGCGUCGCGCAGGAGAGACAUCGACGGCGUCAAGCAGGCGUGGGCGUACUUCGAUUCCCGUCCGUGGGCCGUCACGGACAACACCGUCGCGCACUUGUGCCGCGCGCUGACGCGCAUGGGCCGGGGGCAGGAGGCGGCACUCAUCCUCGAGGCAGGAGUGUCGGGCAAGCACGCGCGCUCGCCGUGGCCUCUUCCGGCGUCGUUCGUGCCGUCAAUCCUGACUGCCAAUGCCGUGCUCGAGGCCGUGUGCGCGGCGCAGAACUACGACGCGCUUCUCAACGUCCUCGCGCUCAUGCGGGCCGGAGGCAUCGAGCCCGACAACCGCUCCGUCGUUCUCGCCCUGACGUUUGCGAAAUCGUCACUGCUCAGCUCUCCGACAGCUCUCACCAAACUGCUUCAGGGCAUUCUGGAGCGCACGCGCGACCAGCCGACCGUCGACCAGAUCAAUGUCAUCCUCACGGAGGUUGUGCGCAUCGCCUCCCGCCAGCCAAAGUACCUGGAACGGUAUCUUGCGACGACGGGCGGGGACUCGACGGCGAGCCCGACGGCGGGAGUGGAGACGCGCGGCGCGCUCCGGCAGCUACUGUCGAAGCAGAUCGAGAUCCUCAACGAAACAGGCCAGCGGAGCACGGGCAAGUCGCUGUCGAACCGGCUGCUGUACGACGCGCUGGCGAUGGACGGCGUGUGGCCCGUCCAAGCGGUCCAGAAGACAUGGCAGUCGUUCAUCCUGCGCGGCUUCCGCCCCAAAGCAGCCCACUACCUGACGCUGCUGCAGGCGUACACGCGCAUCGGGGCGAUGGCGGAGGCGGAGCAGACGUACGCGCUCGCAACGGACGCGCGGCAGCGCGAGCACACGCCGCCGACGCCCGAGGUCGAGCGCGUCAUGCUCACCUCACUCGUACAGGGCUGGGCGCACGCCGGCAACCUCCAGGCCGCGCGCCGCAUCUACACCGCGAUCGGGGCAUUGCCAUGCGGGGUGGACGCGACGGCGCUCGACGCCGUCGUAAGCGCCCACCUUGAAGCGGGGCAGCCGGCGCGCGCCGUCGACCUCGCGCGGCAGGACAUUGCGUCCGUCGAGCCCAACGAACGCCUCGUCGCGACCGUCGCACACGCCAUACGCAGCAACCGUGACGUGCCCGGCUCGGUCUUUUUCGUGUCCCACUUCACGCAGCGCUGGGCGCCGGGCGCGGCGCCAGGCGCCGCCGCGGCCGCCGCCGCGUUCGAGCGGCCCUCCCCUGCGCCCGCCCCAAUGAGCUGGGAGCUCACGCCCAAGCUCCUUAACGUGCUCCGCAAAGCGCUCAACUACUUGAACAAGACGCCCGUCGAGGCCAUGGACGAGCGUGCGCGCGACGCGACGCUCCUCGCCCGCCGCAUGUUGCAGGACGACGCGGAGGCGCGGCCGUUCCCGCGCGGCCGGCGGCGCUUGGGUGUGCGCGUGCGCCAGCGCAUCACGGACGCGAUGGACAUCUCGCGCGACGACCGCAUCGCGGCGGCCAUGGCGGCCGACGCCGCGCGCGCCGGCGUGCUCGCGCCAGAGGGCGCAAGCAAGGCGGGCAAGGGGAAGAGGAGAGGGCGAGACGCGCCGGAGAAGAGCACAGAUCCAUAAACACAUCCAUACCCUUGCUUGCACCCAUCAUGAUCACAGCCACGCCAGCAUAGACAUCACAGCAACCCCUCAUCAUUGCAUGCAGCAGUAUUCUGGUCCGCACGUCUCGUCUGUAGCCCUCUAUAUCAGAUCAAGCCGAGCUCGCGCUGCGCGCGCUCCACUUCGGCGGGCACACCCGUGUGCUUGCCCCUGUCGUCGGACAGCUUGACGCAGUCGCGCCCGUCGAUCACGCUGAGCUUGAUGACCAUGUUGAGCGCCUUGGACGGCAUGCUGGGGUCCGAGGCCUUGCGGAAGUCGUUUGUAAAGUGUGUGCCGAUCCCAAACGCCGCCGCGAGCCCGAUCUCAUCG